UGACGUCAUACGCCUCCGACGGUAGCGGUGUACGGUUGGCGCUCAGCGGCUCGGAAAACAAACAGUACACUUCCUGGUCGUCCCGGUUCCGGAGGCUGCAGCGGGUCUUCAGACGGAUUUUGACCCGGUUUCAAGGUGUGGAUGUUUUCGGCUGACUGUGGAUCUGAGUGGAUCAGUGAUGCAGUCGGGGUCAGAUCCUCCAGGACAUGGACCGAAGCCAGUUAGAAGAUCUCCUCGUUUGUCCCCUCAGGUCGGCAGCAGUGAGGGAACACAGGAGAACAAAGGAGGAAACAGCCUGCAGGAGCUGAAGAGGAGAGGAAGGAUGGAGAGGACCAGAGAGGAGCGAGAAGAGGAGCUGAGUGGCAAAUUGAAGACACUGGAUCUGUCCAGCAGAUCGGCAGCCAGUGGAACGGGUCUCGUUUACUCGGAGAUCUUCACCCACCAUAAGAACGAGUGGGACCCGAGCCAUCCAGAGAGUCCGGAGAGAGUGACAGCCAUCAUGGAGGAGCUGGAGAGACAAGAUCUGCUGCCUCUCUGUAUCAGAGUUGAGCCCAGAGAAGCUACAGAGGAAGAGCUGCUGCUGGCUCACAUGAAACACUAUGUGGACCUGAUAAAGUCGACUCAGACGAUGACACUGGCUGAACUCCAAACUCUGUCCAACAAAUAUGAUUCCAUUUACCUGCAUCCAGAGUCCUUCCAGGUGGUGCUGAUAGUGGACUGGGAUGUACAUCACGGGCAGGGCAUCCAGUACCGGUUCCAGGAGGAUCCCAGUGUUCUGUACUUCAGCGUCCACAGGUAUGAGCAGGGCUCUUUCUGGCCUCACCUGCCAGAAUCCGACAGCCAUUUUGUUGGCAGCGGACCAGCUGAAGGAAGAAACAUCAACCUGCCCUGGAACCAGACGGGGAUGACCGACGCUGAUUACAUCGCUGCUUUUCAACAAGUGCUGCUGCCCGUCGCCUACGAGUUUCAGCCUCAGCUGGUUCUGGUCUCUGCUGGAUUCGAUGCCGCAGUUGGAGAUCUGAAGAUGUGCAGAGGAAACCUGCAGGAACUAGAAUCCCCUUUUCACUUCUCUUCAUCAAACUUCCCUCUUCCUCCUUUCCGUGCAGAAGGCAGCCCGUCGGCUGAGGGACGCGCCAUCAGCACAUCGACCAGUCAGAAAAAUACAAUGAAGCCCAACCUUGCCCCCUCUGUUGCCACGACAACAGGUCUGGUUUAUGAUGAGAGGAUGAUGGAGCAUUCGAACCUGUGGGACAGACAUCACCCGGAGCAGCCUCAGCGAAUCUUUAAGAUCUUCUCCAAACAUCAGCAACUGGGAUUGGUUGAUCGCUGCCAGCGGAUACCAGUUCGCUUGGCGACAGAGGAGGAGCUGUCCUUGUGUCACAGCAUGCAGCACAUCGAGCAGAUGAAAGCCACGGCGGCGAUGAAGCCCAGAGAGCUGCACAAACUGGGCGACGAGUUCGUCUCCAUUUACCUCAACCAGCAGAGCUUCCAGUGUGCACAGCUGGCAGCUGGAAGCUGCCUCAACGCCUUGGACCAGAUCCUGUGUGGGCAGGUGACUAACGCCGUGGCCAUUGUCCGUCCUCCUGGUCAUCACGCUGAGAGAGACUAUCCCUGUGGCUUCUGUUUAUUCAACACGGCAGCUCUCGCUGCUCGCUAUGCCAAGAAAGCCUCUCAUGAUCCCUCGAUGCGAAUCCUCAUCUUAGACUGGGAUGUUCACCACGGCAACGGCACGCAGCACAUGUUCGAGGACGAUGACAGUGUCCUCUACAUCUCCCUCCACCGCUACGACAACGGUGCAUUCUUUCCAUCCUCAGAGGACGCUGCCCCCGACAAGGUGGGCGUGGCCAAGGGGGCGGGUUUUAAUGUCAAUGUGGCAUGGAGCGGAGGAAGGAUGGGUGACUCGGACUAUCUUGCAGCUUUUCACCGUGUCGUCAUGCCUAUCGCCACUGAGUUUAACCCCAGUCUGGUUCUGGUGUCGGCCGGGUUCGACGCAGCCCGGGGGGAUCCCCUGGGUGGCUACAAUGUGACUCCAGAAGGAUACGCCCACCUCACACACAUGCUGAUGUCAUUGGCUGGGGGGCGGGUCCUGGUCAUACUGGAGAAAUCCAGACGAGUGUCUGACUGUCCAUCUCUCUGUCUCCCUCUGCAGUCAACUCUGUAUGUGGUGGACCCUCUCUCCUGGUGUCCUCACCUGGAUGCCGUUAAGCCCCUCCCCUCCUCGGGUAUAGACGUCUUCCGGCCGUGUCAGGACUGCGGCUCAGAGGCUGAGAACUGGAUCUGUCUCACUUGCUACCAGGUGUUCUGUGGUCGCUAUGUGAACGAACACAUGGUGAAUCACGGAGUCGUGUCUGAACAUCCCCUGGUUCUCAGUUUCUGCGAUCUCUCUGCGUGGUGCUACCAGUGUGAGGCCUACGUACACAACCAGAUUCUGUUUGAAGCUAAAAACGCUGCUCACUGCGCCAAGUUUGGAGAGGAGAUCCCCCCCUGGAGCUGAGCGUAAAACCUCAUGUAUGCAGCUGUUUCUCGCUUUUCUUCUCGCUGUCUUCCUUCUCUGUGAUUGGACGGUUGAGUGCAUUGCUACAGAUACCAGCAGCAGUGGUGCUUCCUGGGGAAACGCUGUUAAAUUCACCAGCUUUGUACGGCGUCCCACAACUGCCAAAACACAAAAACUCACGUGCAAAGCAAAAGAUGUUUUUAUUUGUAUUUUUUACUUCAGACACUCAGUGAUCUUCAUCGUCAUCAGCAAGUUGUCAGUUCUACUCUCCGAAAAUGUGAUCCAACACCAGCAUGCUGUUAACACUUUUAUUUUGAAAAUCAUGAGCGGAAGAAGUUGAAGAAGCAAAAAGAAGAAGACAGACAUUUUCAGUAAAACAGGAAGAAUUUUGGCUCAGGAGGACUUCAUUCUCAAGUCAUAGUGGUGAUGAUGUCACCAAGAGGCCACGCCCCCUCCAGAGAGUGUUGCCAAAAUGUGACUGACGGCGUGAUGACCGUCCAUCAGACCGAAACAAUCAACAUCAGAGUUUAAAAAACUAAAAAAGUCUGAAAACAGAAACUUAUUUUAGGAAUUUUAGUUAAAAUCAACCUUUUUUCUUUCCAGCUAAAAUGUUGCAGCAAUAAAUCUGUGAGAAAGAUCAA